UUCGCACAUAAGUGGGGUUUCCCCCUUAACAAUCCAGUUUUCGAACAAAUGUGAUCUCAGGCAUAAAAACUUAGCAGUUCGUAUAUCUAGCUACAAGCAGCUUGUACCUGUUCAUCCGGAUUCGACGAUUGAAGGAAGGCACAAAAAUCAGCAGCAAUAAGGGAUGGGAUGAGCUCAAAGCUUCUUCCCGGAGGGCACUUGGUCCACGACUGGAUCUUCUUACUCUGCAUAUUCAGGACAAGCACGUACUCGCCUAGUCGCCUCUGGUCCCGAUGUGGCGGCCAUCCACGUAGCCGAGGUCGCUCGUGAAGAAGUAGACCACGUCUGGCUCCUUGGGCGCGCGCCGUCGCACGUCAAGUGUGGUUAGUGAUUUUGAUGGUGGGGUGGCGGGUCGGAUGAAUGAUCCGCUCGCGCGGGGAGCCGGGGACGUGGUGUCGUGGACGAAGCGCGUCUCGGAGCUGGCGCGGAGCGGCCGAUCGGCGGAGGCGGUCGCGGCGUUCUCCCGGAUGGACGCGGCGCCGAACGCGCUGACGCUGGCGAGCGUGCUCCCGGCUUGCGCCGCCCUGCGGAGCCUCCGCGCGGGUCGGGCCAUCCACGGGUUCUGGCUCCGGUGCGGGGGCGUUCCCGGCGCGAACCUGAUCGUGGACAACGCCGUGCUGGACGUGUACGCCAAGUGCGGGGCGCUGGGCACCGCGCGCCGCCUGUUCGACGGAAUGCCGGAGAGGGACGUGCGCUCCUGGACCGCGAUGGUGUGGGGGCUCGCGCGGAGCGGCACCCCCCGCGACGCCGUGGGGAUGUUCCGGGCGAUGCUCUCGGACGACGGCGGCGGCGGGGCCAAGCCGAACGAGGCCACCGUCGUCAGCGUCCUGCACGCCGCGGCGUCCACGGGCGCUCUGGCCUGCGGCGAGGCGCUGCACUCGUACGCGCUCAAGCGGGGCCUCGCCGGCGAGCAGGUCGUCGGCAACGCGCUGAUCAACGCCUACGCCAAGUGCGGGGACGCCCGGAUGGCGCUCAGGGCGUUCGACGAGCUCCCGGAGAAAGACAUGGUAUCCUGGGGCACCGUCACGAUGGCCAUGGCCGUGAACGGCCGGUGCAGGGCGGCGCUGCUGCUGCUCUCCCUGAUGCUGCGCCACGGGGUUCGGCCGGACGGCGCGGUGUUCCUGGCGCUGCUCUCUGCUUGCUGCCACGCCGGGCUGGCGGACCGGGCGCUGGAGGUCCUGGACGCCAUGAGGCGAGUGUACGGGAUCGCGCCGAGGAAACAGCACUACACGUGCGCGCUCGACGCGUGCGGCCGAGCUGGGCGGCUUGACAAGUUUGAGGAAAUUGUCAGGCAGAUGCCGGUGGAAUUCGAUCAGCAGGUGCUUGGAGUCUGUUACGCCUCUGCAAGUGAGUGGAGGGCCAGAGGCGUUGCCGGCGUCGGAGGUGAGCAGCUCUGGGGAAGAUUUCUUGAAGGAGAGGUGGACGCCGGCGGUGGCAUGUACGCGCUCGUGUCCAAGUCGCUGGCUGAUGCGGGGAGAUGGGAGGAUGCAUGUGCUGUCAGGGAGAGGAUGGCUGCAAGAAGUAUAGAGAAGGAUGUUGCUUGUACUUGGAUUGAAGUAUAGAGUGCUGUCGCCAGCCACCGGCGAGGUCUCGGACCAGAAAAUCAGUAGGCCGUAGAUGCUGCAGCAGUCGACGGUAAAAAAAGGGACCAGAUGAAUGAGUGGCCUCCAACUAAUACAAGGUCACCAUAUCACACUGCGCACCCAACCAAACACGAGCUUCGUCGAUGCAAGCUAUCUUAAGCCACUGAUUGGUUGCAUUGAGUUAGCCUGGUGAAGCUUGGCCUGGGUUAGUCCUAGCCUGGUUAGGAACUAUCACUACCAAACAAAUGUUCGGAUGACCAUCAAAAACACAAUUUGCCUUCGAUGAAGCCAGAUAAGAAAACAUUCGAAGUUCCACAGCCACUUCAAGAUCGAUACGUUCUGCAAAGAAUUCUGUAAAUUAAAUUUAAUGUUCAUCUUUUAUUCGUGUAUAGCUCCAUAUAUAAAGCAUCCAUCAAUGCUUUUACAACGUCAAUCUCAUGAGGUCCAUGUUACAGCAG